CCCCCACUCUUCUCGAUGCAGGGAGAGGGAGAGACCGAGAUGCCCGCGAUUUACGCCCUCCAGACCCAAUUCUCUUAAUUCGCUUGAGUAACAGAAAUCCCCGGACAACCCUCUUGGACCAGGCUGGAACAAUACUGCCAUCAUGUGCGCUCAAAAGCGUGUGGGUUUCAUUCGAAGCCCCUCGUCAAUUAUUAAUCCAAGUGGGAUGAGGUCAAAAUUGUAUAAAGAGGAAGGGAUGACUCUUCACCCCAAGUUGCAAGACGAGAAUAUCACGAAGCGAUAGACAUAGAAAUUUUAACUAGUUCAAAUCCAACACCCCCUCAAAAGGCGAAAAUGGCCACUGCUCUUAAGAAAGCCCAACCCUUCAAGAAGGCACUCUGGUUCUCCGAAGCAGAGCUGCUAGAACGGCGGAAUCGGGCCGUGGAGCUCUUGAAACGAGAGAACCUCGACGGCUUUCUCUUCACGAAGCAAGAAUCCUUAUACUACCUAACCGGAUACGACACCUUUGGCUAUGUCUUCUUCCAAGCGAUGUAUUUCCACAUUGACGGAAGCAUGCGUCUGAUUACUCGAAUCCCGGAUCUUCGACAAGCGCUUUACACGUCUAUUUUGGAGCAAAAGAACAUCCUCAUUCGGUCCGAUGAUGUCACUAGCAACCCAGUGUCCCUAGUCUCGAAAGUCCUAAAAGAAUUCGGCAUUAACGAUUCUUCGAAAAAGCGGAUUGGCUAUGAGCCAGAUUCAUGCUCCCUGACGCAUAGGCUCGGUAAACUGCUGGACGAAGCAGUCAAAGACCUCUGCACGUUGGUCGACUACUCGAAUUUGCUUAACCAGGAGCUACGAAUGGUCAAAUCCGAAGCUGAGCUACGCAAGGUCCGGAAAGCUGCUUACCUUGCUGACUUUGCCCUCGUUCGAACGCUCAAACUGGCCAAACCCGGUGCCUAUGAAGGUGAUUUAUGGCGGGAGCUCAUUGGAACUGUAUAUGAAGGUGGUGGUGAUGAUCCGGCGAAUGAAAAUAUUCUUGUCUCUGGGAAUAAGUCGGUUCUUACCCGGUAUUCAACUGGAAAAGAUACGAUUGACAGGCAACUUACCCUCGAAUUUGCAUCAGCUUAUAAGCAUUACCAUUGCUGCCUGAUGAGAACAAUCCCAAUUGGGGGAAUCACCAAGCUGGCCCGUCGGAUGUUUGAAAUCACCAUCCUCCAGAUGAAAGCUUGUAUGGAGGCUCUCAAACCGGGGCGUGAAAUCGGUGAUGUAUUCGAAGCCUAUGCACGGGUUGCGGACGAAAACGGAUUUCGGGACCAACGAUUCAACUCCUGCGGGUAUAGCUUGGGCGCUACUUUCUCCCCAACCUGGAUGGAUUUCCCAAUGUUUGUCCGAGGCCAGAACGUUGUAGCCAGACCAGGGAUGAUCUUUUUCAUCCAUAUCAUUUUGAUGGACAAAGCAACCGAUACUGCCAGCUCCAUUGGUCAAACUGUCGAGGUGACCGAGGAUGGAUGUGUUUCGCUGUCCAAGUUGCCAUUCUGCCUUACUCGAAAGCAAACCAUUGCUGCGUGGAAGAAGAUCCGCAAGGAAGAGUACGGCUUCACGCCUGAAGAGGAGGACGAGGGUGAAAAUAUUCAGGAGGUUGACCUUUCUGACGGUGAGAUUGAUGCGGAGGACUAUGAUGUUGAGUAUGAUUUUAGCGAUUAUCAACCUGCUGCUGCUUCGGGAGAUCCAACGCAGAGCGCGUAGAAUUUUGUUGCAGGUCAGUCACUGCGGGGUUAUCAAAUAUCUGAGUGUAGUAAUAGCGAGCCCCUAGAUUGAUUCCCUAAGAAUAACCCGAGCCAUGAUGCGGAAAAUCCUUCACAGAAUUGCUUAGGCAAACAAAAAUUACAGCGCGCGCCGUCGGUAACAUUGUCUCUCUAUAUACAGUCACCUUUUAUAGCAAAUUCUAAUUCAGUUGUACUCGUUCAUUUUCGAGGUGAUCGCAUAAACCCCCGUUUGAGCUGUAGA